UGUGUUUGGAUUGAAGCAGGCCGGAUUCUGUGGCAGAGGGACACACGUCUGGACGACGCUCGGUAAAGAGAGGAAAGCUGAGGAGAGGAAUGCGCCUCUGCAGAGCUGCGUGAACGCGAGCGGCCGCACUUUGAUUGUUUGACUUUAAUUUAGAUCCGACUGAAGGAGGUUGGAGUGUCUGAGGUGUGACUGGGGGCCUUUCUGCCAUCAUCAUCAUCAUCACCAUCAUGUCGACAGAAAAACAAAAUCUUUCCGAGGAAAACCUGCAAGGUUCUUGGGUGGAGCUGCACUUCAAUAACGGAGGUGGAGGAGCUCCUAAAUCAUCAGCGGAGGACAUAGAGAAGAUGCUGCUGGACGCUCAACACGAGUCUGGCAGGAGCAGUUCCAGAGGGAGUUUACCCUGUGACAGUCCUCCAAGGUCCCAGACUCCUUUGCACUUGAGCAAAGGCUCAGAGGUUCACAGCUCAGGAGAGAAAAACAGCUCACAGUCCGAUGAAGACUUUCUGGAGAGGAGGAAAGAGGUUGAUCUCCUGAUGAAGAAAAAUGCUGACUGGAUAUGGGACUGGUCAAGUCGACCAGAGAACACCCCACCCAAAGAAUUCUUACUGAAGCAGAAAUGCUCCAGCAGCUUGAGUAUCAGGAAAACUAGGGCAAUGAAGAAGGGAGGAAUCUUCUCUGCUGAAUUCCUCAAACUCUUCAUCCCUUCUCUGAUCGUCUCUCACAUCCUGGCUGUGGGGCUCGGCGUGUACAUCGGGAGGCGCCUCACGACCUCCUCCUCCAUCAGGUUCUGAAGGAGAACCCAUGCCUCCAACGUCGCAGCUGCAUCCUCACCAUCUCCGCUGCUUUGUCUUGAAUCGAUGUUUCAGUAGAUCCAAAUAGAUCCGGAACGCUUGAGCCGUUUCCACUCGCGGGCCGUGUGCCGUGCUACACCGCCUUCGUUCCCCCCCUCGUGUAUUGCUCUGGCUCGCACUCUGCUUUUACAAUCUAAAUGCACUCGGAGGCCAUUUUAGAUUUGCAGCCAGUAGCUGAGUAAUGCUCUGCUCCACCUUCAUCUUAGAAUUUCUUGUGCAGAUUUACAGAGAAUCUGUUUAAGAGAAAACAGUCAUGUGAAAAUGUAGAUGUUUAAAAAAAAAAAAUGCUGGAAUUGAAAAAUACUGUACGGCGGGUACGGGUCUGACUUAGGACUUGUCAAGAGAAAUAUUUUGUGAUGGGGUGGGUUUAAAAAAAAAAAAAAAGUGUUUUGCCAACAGAAGUGAUAGAGCAAAGCUUUUUAUUUUGACAAAAUAUUUCAUAGUAAAGGUGGAGAAAAUGAAAUAAAUGGCAAAAUCAGCCAGAUAUGCCGAGAUAAAGGGAAUUGGCAGUUUUGAGUCUAAACUGGAGUUAAAUUUAUAGCUUUGGUUCAACACUGCAUGCAAGUAAAACAAAAGCUAAAAGCCCCCCCUUUAAAAAAAAUAAAAUAAAAAUUAGCACUGAUGGACUGCAGCUGAAAACGCGGCAAAAUUGAAAUCCAGCCCGCCCCCAAAAAAACCCACCAACCAACUAUCCAGAGCAUCACAUUGCUUCAUGACUACAGCUACAGUUUUCAGCUGUUUUCCAGCUUGCAUUGACAGACAAAAAAAAGAAAAAAAAAUUAAAUUUUUCCACACUA